AUCUUAUAAAAAGAUUACUCUACUUUUCAUAUAUCUUUAUACAACAACUUGGGAAUUUUAAUUUGCUACUUUAAUAUUUUCAAAAUUCUUACCAAUCCUCAAAUUACAAGCUGUAUAAUAAUUUAUAUCAUCAAUGAACAAGGGUUUAUACUUUCUGCUCUUUCUUUUUGUCAUUGUUAAUGUGGAUAUUAAUGGAGUGCAAGGAGAUACAAUGGUCACUGGAACUGUCUUCUGUGACCAAUGUAAAGAUGGCCAAGUGUCCAUCUUUGAUUAUCCUCUCUCUGGGAUGAGGGUGACAAUGGUAUGUCCAGGGAGUGAUGGGCAAAUGACAAGAGUUGGGGAAGACACUACAAACAUGUUAGGCAACUAUGGCAUAACCUUUGAUGGAACCCCCGAUUUAAGUACUUGUUUUACACAAAUUUCAAAUGUGCAAGACCCAAAUAAUAAAUGUGGUGCUGUCCUUGGCCCACCAAAAUCAGUUAAGCUAAUGUUUAGCAUGUUCGAUAUGGCAAUGUAUGGUGUUGAUCCCUUAAUUUCUCAGCCUGCUCAACCUAUGUCUUAUUGUUCUACCUCUUCUUCACCUCCUACUACUCCAAGCCCUGUCACAUUACCACCACCGGUGGGUCCUGUCGCUCCAGUGACUCCAUCAGCCCCGCCUAAGGCUCCGACUCCAUCUUUUAAGCUCCCGCCUUUGCCUCGGAUGCCACCUGCGCCCUUCUUGGAAAGUUCCGCAUGCUCAUAUCAGUAUUGGAUGAAAGCAGAGUACAAAUGUUACUGGGUAGCAGUGCAACCAGACAUGACAGUAGCAGAAGUAUUUGGUCCAUUAGCAGCCCAAAAAUACGGGACAGACUUAACAUUAUAUGCAAGUCUUGAAGGCAGAAAUGACCCUUACAAAACUCUUUUAAGGGAAGCAACAACCGCACUUCUUAACUCAUGGAAUAGUCUGCGUUUUGCUUACUUUGCACCUCAAGUUCUCCAUAACUUCAAUGCUGCUUUAAUGGCGGAUUCUACUCCAACUGUACUCCGCACUGCCUUGAGGUUCAAAAGGGCUAACACUGCUUUUCCUUGCCAAUUCAAAACUUGCAAAAAGUGAUUAUUAAUAUAUGUAGGCCUAUAGCGUUGUUUAAUGAUGGUAAUAUUUAUGAUUAUGAUGUAAUUUAGUAUUAUAUAUGAAGAGUUCAUGUAGUAAUCGAUCAGUCGCUUAAUUAUAUUAUAGAACAGAUGUGAUUUUUGGAUCGGAGGCAUCAACGAUAUUGUAAUAUGAUAUUACCUGUCGUCUUAAAUUACCACUUAAUUAUAGUAUGUACUUUCACUUUUAUAUUAUAAUAGUAUAGUAUUAUUAUUAUACCAC